AGUUUGUGACGUCAUCAUCAAGCGACUAUACGCUGGGCAGACAGCUUCAUUCAUGCCGCCAGCAAGAACACAGCAGAAGGUUUAACAGUAUGGAUUUGUUAAAUAGUCCGCUGGGCUGGGGUGUCGUAGCAGGUCUGAGCUGUGGGCUCCUACUCGGAUGGCACCUUCGGGGUCGCUUUGGUCCAACAUCCAAAACUCUGAUGACAGUGAUGGAGAACAGCGCAGGUGAAGCAAGCGUGAUGGGAGAAGGAGGCGAGUUCAAGAUGAUUCUGGUGGUCCGAAAUGACCUGAAGAUGGGCAAAGGGAAGGUCGCUGCCCAGUGCUCUCAUGCUGCUGUGUCAGCCUACAAGCAGGUCCAACGCAGGAACCCUGAGCUACUCAAACAGUGGGAAUACUGUGGCCAGCCCAAGGUGGUGGUGAAGGCCCCCGAUGAGGACACCCUGAUCGAUCUGCUGGGCCGCGCCAAAGAAGUGGGGCUUCCUGUCAGCCUGAUCCAGGAUGCAGGACGAACCCAAAUCGCACCCGGGUCACGCACUGUGCUGGGCAUCGGUCCUGGUCCUGCUGAUUUGAUUGACAGUGUCACUGGAGACUUGAAGCUCUAUUAGAAUUCUAGUUUAUAAUUUCCUGGUUGUCAAAAUGUUUUCAAACUGAGCUACAAUGAGUUUAUAUUUUUAUACAACUCCCUCAGUUCAGUGCACUUAAUCGCAAUAGCAAUCAGUUGGUCUAUUGAAUAGCAGUUAUGACUUCUUGCUGUGAUAGUUCAGUGACAGUGGCUGAAACACAGUGAGUAGUUUCCAUGUUGCAGUUCUUCACACCAACCAAUUUAGUUCUGAUGCUCAAAAACAGACGACGUUUAUGAUGAAACCGUACUAUUGUAGUUGAUGUCACUGCAGCACCAUGAAAUACGGAGGUAUGAUUCCCAAUUCAUGUUCUCUUAAUGAUAAAAGAAAAAUAAAUUCUGAAAUUAGAGCAUAGUCAGUCUUCAUAUUCUAAAGUAUUUUACACUUUGAAGAUCACUGCAAGUGACAGUUUGAUGUACCAUGGUUGGCUGGCUGACUCCAUGAAUGUAAUAUCAGUUUUGUGAUGAGACAGGUUGUCAUAUGAUUUUUAUCAUGAAAGAAUUAAGAAUCUGAAAUUGUUUUUCUUGUUUAUAAACAGUGCUUUACAGUUAUUUUUAAUUUUCUAAUUGAAAAUAAACCAUGAGUAAGGAUUACAGCAGUAAAGAAUUGCUUUCCCAUUUUAGCAUUGCACUUUCAAAAAAGUGCAAUGCUAAAUGCGGUGGUUAGUACUGUCGCCUUGCUGCUAGAAGAUCUCUGGUUUACGUCGUGGCCUGGGAUCUUUCUGUGUGGAGUUUGCAUGUUCUCCCUGUGCAUGUGUGGGUUUCCUCCGGGUUCUCCAGCUUCCUCCCACAGUCCAAAAACAUGCUGAGCUUAAUAACUCUAAAUUGUCCAUAGGUGUGAAUGUGAGUGUGUAGCUCUGUGAUAGACUGGUGACCUGUCCAGGGUGUCCCCUGCCUUCACCCUAAAGUCACACACAUUUUCUCCAGCUGAUUUCCAAGCAUCUCAUUUCCUCACGGCUCGUUUGUGCAGAAAACAUGUCAGCUGGGAUAGACUCCAGCCCUCCACUAAUGGAGACAAAGUUGUGCAUAGAUAAUGGAUGGAAACUUUCGUAAAGAGUAGAAAAUAAAAUUGUCUCUACUGAUGCAGCAAAGGCCAAAAAUGCCUGACUUUUCUUCUGUCGUGUGAGUGAAACUCCCCAAACCCUGCAUCCUGUCUUUCCUACAAAACAACUUAAAUGCGCCUUUCAGCGGUUUCCCAGAAUCUUCCAUUCUCACGUCUUUAAAACAUGACGUCUCCAGUUUGCUAUGCAGUUUCUGUAAUGAAUUUGUAGUCUACAAGCCCAACUGAAUGGCAACACAUUGUCUUGAUACUCCUCCAAAACCACAGAAACUGUUUCAAACAGGCCAAGAAUUGUUAAACCAUGACAAAUGUACCGGUGUUUAUGUGUGAAACUGGUAGAGGACUCCUUUUAGCCACAUCUGAUCCAAUGCAUUUAUUUUUAUAUUUUAUUCCAUGACUGUAUAAUAUAUGAACAGUGGCAGCUCACAUCAGGCGGACAGAGGUUUUAAUUCUAGCAACCUCCUUUAUAUACCAGCAGAGGGUACUAGUAAGACAUCCUUAUGAGUCUCAUAUCCCUGAUGGUAACAGGAACGCCUUUUUGUACAAUCUAAUUCCACACCUCACACGGUCUCUACGAAUGUGUCAUAUAAGCUUAAGUUGUGGGUUUACUGCACUGCAUUCUGUUGCUAAAGAGUUGGCUUCAAAUUUCAGUCACAUUUGCACUAGUCUGGGAUUUCUGCCACUGAAACUGAAGUCUGCACAAAAUCAAACUCCUGGGUCAGACUUCAGCAUUUUCUGUACAAAUCAAUCAAAUGUUUGAAAAAUAAAAUCAAUAUUCUGAAAA